AUGGUCGAUCGAAUUAUGAUCCUACCCUUUGGAGUUAUUUUAAUCGUUGUUUUGUUGCUACCAAUGUCAGCAACAGAACCGUGCGACAUGAAAGCUGAUGUUUGCGAAUAUAAGUUUAUUGUUGCUUAUCAAUUGACAAUGGUGAAAGGAAAACAACUUCUGAAAGCUGUGAAUGGUAAACUCUAUCCUGUUGAAACCGUGAAUAUAAGUACAGCGACCCCUGUUCCAGAAGACGAGGUAAUUACAAUGGAUGGCUAUUCAGAGUCUCGACUAGUUGUUGCAAUUAAUGGAACAAUCCCAGGUCCGGCAAUCGAAGCUUACAUUGGCCAGACUGUGAUUGUCUACGUUGAAAAUCACCUAUACGCUAGUGACGUUACAAUUCAUUGGCAUGGAUUGCACCAAAAAGGCACACCCUUCAUGGACGGGGUUCCCUACGUAACCCAAUGUCCUAUAGUCAAUGGCCGUGGACGAUUCUAUAGUCAACCAGGUGUUCAUAACGAAGCGCCUCUUGCUAAAUUCACUGUUAAACCAGGAAAAAAAUAUCGUUUCAGAGUCAUAGCGGCUGGUGCUCUGUAUCCGUUUGAGAUUUCUGUUGAUGGUCACAAAUUGCAGAUUGUUGCUUCGGAUGGUUUUGAAUUGGAGCCAUAUGCAGCAGAUGUUUUGCUUAUAAACCCUGGAGAAAGGUUUGACUUUAUCAUUACAGCUAAUGAAACAAUUGGAAAUUAUUGGAUCCGAGGAAUAACUACGGAAAUUAAAAAGAACCACACAUUUGAAGCUAUUCUUCAUUACGAGGGUGCUCCUGAUGAAGAACCGAAUUCAUCACCAAAGAAUUGCACGCAAGAUGAUCCCUCCGAUACUCCCGAUGUCGACUGUCGUGGUGACCCGAAGAAGAAUUAUUGUAAUGAUGCUGCCUGGACCAAUAGCAACUGGGGUGGUGACAACAUCCCAGGAAUUAAAUUAAAAAGAGCUCCACUGAAGGACACUCUCAUUAUACCGUCGGGUGGCUACGCUGUUAUUCGGAUCAAGGCCGAUAACCCAGGUCUGUGGUUCAUGCACUGUCACAUUGAAAUGCACAGUAUGAUGGGAAUGGCAAUGAUUCUGAAUGAAUCUUUUGUUGAUGUGGUUAAAGCGCCGGAUUAUUUUCCUGUGUGUCGAAGUUUCACACCUGAAGCAAUCAGUCGGAUACCAAUUGUUGCAGAAACCAGUACCAGUAGAGCAUCGGAAAGUACGACGCCAUCAAUUUAUCAAAAAGCUGAAUCUGAAGAAGAUCGAAAAAUUGAAAUAAUGACCUUUGGAAUUCUUAUUGCCGUUAUUUGCGUCCUCUCUUUGGUCAUCAUUGUUUUAAUUUUCGUACUGUCAAAGAGAAGACUUCAAUAA